GCGGACCUGAAGAAACAGGUGCGCCUCCUGAAGGAGAACCAGAUGCUGAAGUGACUGCUCAGUGAGAGCUGCCAGGAUGGUGGCCGAGGGGCCCAUGACCUCCUCUUCCCCAAGACACUUCCCCUACCCUGAGGCCUGUUCCCCAGGGAGUGGAGGUCCAGAUUUUGGGAGGUUUUCCAGUGUCCCUGAUGUGGCCUCCCCGCUGCCAACGUCGUCCCUGGAGGACCUGCUGUGUUCACAUGCUCCCCUCUCCAGUGAGGACGAGGCCUCUCCUGGCUGCGUGACCUCCUCCCAGCUGCCCUUCAGGUCCUUCCUCAGCCCCCCUGAGCUACUCACUCGAAGUGACAGGAAGCUGUCCCCACUUCUGAGCCCCUUGCAGGACCCACUGGCAGACAAGGCACCGCUUGAGCCCAGGGAGAUGCUGCAGCCUAAGAAGAGAUCCAGAGCUUCGCAAGCACAGAGAGGGACGGCUGCAUCGUUGGGGAGAUCGCCUUCCAGCUGGACUGGCGCAUCCUGGCCUACGUCUUCCCAGGUGGACCCGGCUCUAUGGCUUCACCGUGUCGUGUCCAACAUCCCUGAGAAGAUCAAGCAGACCUCCAUCAAGUCCCUGGAUGGCUCGGUGGAUGAGAAAAAGCUGUGUGAACUGACGCACCGCUACCUCACGCUGACAGCAUGGCUGGAGAAGCUGGGCUACAGAUGUGAGGUGCACCCAGUGUUCACUGAGUUCCUCAUCAACACCUAUGGCAUCCUCAAGCAGCGGCCUGACCUGCGCGCCAACCCUCUGCACAGCAGCCUGGCUGUGCUUCGGAAGCUGGUCAUUGACAUUGUGCCGCCCAAGUUCCUGGGCGACUCCCUGCUGCUGCUGAACUGCCUGUGUGAGCUUGCCAAGGAGGACAGCAAGCCACUCUUUGCCUGGUUGAACCGGAAACUCUGAAAGUGGAGAAGUUAGUUAAUGACCAUGUUGCCAUGGGCUCACCAUGGGAGCCUUCUGUUGGAGAAUGAGGACAGUGAGGAUGACCGCACCCACACAGGCUGCACUGGGAGCCAUCGGGGUGGAGACGCUGGGCAGUAAGAAUGACAAUAUCCACAUGUGGCCAGACCGGAAGAUGUGGGUGAAGAAAAGGGUGAACAGUUCCACACAGGUCUGCAGUGGAGCCAUGCACGUGGAGAAGUUGGACAGUGACAGUGACCACGUUCUCAGGUGGCUGCACCAUGAGCCAUCUGGUCCAAGAAGACUGACAGUAGUGGUGAUCAUGCCCACACUAGGACAUCAGCAGGAGCCAUGUGGGCUUACAAGUCUGGCAGUGAGGGUGACCAUGUCCACAUGGGGCUGCACCAGGGGCUGUGCUGGUGGAGAAGAUGGGCAAUUCUGGUUCCCACAUCUAUAUGGGGCUCUACCAGGAGCUCCUGAUGGGUCCUCCAGCACAGGGUGCUGAGACUUCCCGCAUUUAUUCUUGUUGUAAGAGUGAGAGGAGAUGGGACAUGGUGAGGGGCCCUGUGGUGACUCAAGCCAGCCUGGAAGGUGGAGCUGACGUGGCUGGGUCCUGGAAGCAUCCUGCUUUGUAGAUGAGGUGGGCGCACAGUCUGGGCCUGGCUUGUCUGCAGCCCCAGCCAAGUCUAAGCUGUGGGGUUGAGCUCCACCUGCUAGCAGCUUCGUGGACUUGUUGGGGAUUCUUCUGUGCAGGAAAUUGGUCUGUUCUCCACAUUUAUUUACUGAGCCUGUCAUUUAUUCACAGACUCCGGGGUUUUUGCUUACAUUUGAGUUGUGAUCCAGUGCUAUUCACCCCUGCAUUCAGUUGGUUCCAGCUUUGAGGGUACCUUCGGUGUUCUCCUGUGUCCACUGACUGCCUUGUGAGGGCUGGUUGUUGGAGUCUGUUUUCCAAGCACCUCUGGACUUCCUGGUCAGAUGCUUCAGGCCCAUCUUGGGUCCUCCUGAUGUCCUAGAGUUGGGAGUCCUGGUCCCUUCCCUGGAGAAAGUUAAAGUGCCAGUUAGUUGCAUUGCUUUCCCUAUAAAUGGUGGGGCCACCUAGGACUUCUAUUCAGAGCUAUUUAUAACACCCACUAGUUUCCAUAGUCUCAGAACUGUCCCCAAGAACCAGGGCUGGCAUCAUGCACCCUAUCUCUGUUGUGUGUCUGGUGUUCCUAGCCCUAGCCCAGGCCCGACUCCAUGGGGAACACGGCCCAACUGUG